GAGAUGGACCAAACCACAAAUAAUUUUCUUCUUCCAGGUCCCCCACAACUAUGUCGAGUUAUCUUACCAAUGCCAACUUUAUCUGCAUCCUCACGGGACCGUCCAAAACUGGAUCUUAACAAACAAAAAGUAUGUUUUACUGAGGGUGAGGCAGAAAUUGGGAUCUCGGCAACCACUGCUGCCAGAACUGAACAGAGACAGAAAAACGACCAAGUUGUGUCUUCAGAGUCUGCAAUGUCUGCCACAUCUAGCGGUACAUUUCACAGCCCUGAACAUCGGUCCUCUGUGGACAUAGAAGGCGCAAUGGUUGACAAAGCAAUUGAAAAUGUACUGACUUUACCUCAAGAAUUUCAAGAGGUUGUGAUGAUGCAAAAAUUACAUAAUAAUGAAAUAGCAAAGUUUGAAAAGUGUUUAUCUUCUAUACUGGAAGAGGAAAAAGAAGCUGCGAACAAGAAUGACGCUGUUCUGCAAGACAUUUCUUCAGUUGAUCGAAAAAUUUAUUUCACAAAAGAAUCUUCCGUUUUGAAACAAAAGACGUGUUCUAAACUGCUCAAAGAUAAUGACGCAAUCAUAGCUGAAGUUGAAAAAUUGAAUCGAAAAAUGCAAAGUUCUGAAAGCAACUUAGAUGAGGAGUACAAAUCGAUAUUGAGCUAUGAAGAUAAAAUGAAAGACUACAAAAUUAGUGUACAGAGUUGCGAGGCCUCUUCAGAUCUGAUGAAAGAGUUAUCGGAGACAAAGGAAUGUAUAGAGCACCUACAACAACAAAAAAACAAUUUACCACUACAGGCCUCAUGCGAAGAAAAUUUUAGUAACUUUAAAGAAAAAAUUGAGGACCAAAUAAACGAAAUUAAGAAAUUAAUAUCAGAGGAUGAAAGACAGAUUGCAGAAAAACGGUCCCAAAUUUCGCUUGAGAUGAAAAGACAAGAAAAUGUGCAAAAGAGCCUUCAAGUUCUUGAAAAAAGGAAUGCUGCCCAGCUACUUCGAAUGAAAAAGCAAGUUAAAGAGGCACAGAUGAGAAAUCGCAGCUGGAAUAGUCAAAUACAACAACUUGAACAAAAUUUAUCGAUAUUACAUGAAAAAAUCCAGAAUAGUACUCAGCAGUAACAGGGAAUGCAGUAAAAUAUAUUGAUUUGGUUAAAG